ACAGUUGGGUCUAUGAGUGCAAUCCACAAAGAGAGGCUGGAUCAGGCUGCACAGCUGGAAUAGGAUAGGUCAGAGCUAAAGAAAGACGUGGGGAGCUGAAAGUUAUUAGUGAGAGAGAAAGACUAAAGACUGUUUAUAUGCAGAUGUUUGAGUUGUGCCUUUGUAUCCACUGAGGAGUGAUGUCACCUAGACGCUAAACUCACAAUAAUAGGAGCACAGGACGGACAGACUGACGCACAGGUGAUCCAAGUUCCUGAACUGUAGCCAAGCUGAAGAUAUGGCGAUGAUGCAGAAGCUUCUUCUCUGCCAAUUGGUUAUUCUGCACAGUCGACUUGCUCAUUUAUACUCUGUGCCCGCCAGUCAGCAAAACCCAGAGAGUGUGGUGGUGUCUAUAAAUAACAUCAGUGCACACACUGGUUCCCAGGCCCACCUGGUGUGUCACAGCUAUCGCAUUGUAUGGACACAGGACAACCUGCUAGACAGGCAGCGUGUUCUACACUGGGACCUGAUUAGCAGUCAGUGGUUGUACCGUGGGGAGCGGCUGCUGGACAUGUUUUCUGCUGGAGAGCAACGCUUAUAUAGCGGAUAUAACCAGGGCCGGAUCCUGGUGUCACCGAGUGCCUUUCGAGAUGGAAAUUUCUCUUUGGUGAUAAAAGGUGUAUCAGCGAGUGAUCAGGGUGUGUAUUCCUGUAAUCUACAUCAUCACUACUGUCACCUGGAUGAAAGAGUCACAGUCCAAUUGAACACUACAAAGUCAGAACGUAGAGCAAAGAUUUACUGGGAUGGAGAAAAAGUUGUUAUUGUGGCUUUGGUUGGCACUGAUGUUGUACUGCCGUGUGAGAACUGGAAUCAUAUAUGGACAGACCGCCACCGUGAAACAGACCAGCAAGUGGUACAUUGGGAUCGGCAAGCCCCAGGAAUCCCACAUGACAGAGCUGAUCGCUUGAUCGACAUGUAUGCUUCUGGGGAGCAGCGAUCGUACGGUCCUCUCUUCAUCCGGAGAAAGAUGAACAUUACAGAUGCAGCGUUUGCCCAUGGGGACUUUUCCCUUCAUAUAUCAGACCUGACCAAAGGAGAUGAAGGAACCUACUCUUGCCAUCUUCACCAUCAUUACUGUGGACUCCAUGAACGUAGAAUCUUUCAUUUGAAAAUCUAUGAUCCACCCAGGGAACCACCUAAAGAACCUCCCAAAGAGCCUCCUAAAGAACUUCCCAAGGAAGAGGAACCCAAGAAACCCAUCAAGGAGACUUCAGCAGCUCCUGCCAAAGAUUCCACCAUGAUCCGGGAAAACAAAGUGAUCAAUGUUAUAAUUCCGGAAAACAGGCUGCAUUUCUUCCAGCAGCUCGGAUAUAUCCUGGCAACCCUUCUACUCUUCCUUCUACUGCUCACAGCUGUAAUUCUCAUCACCCGCAAAAACUGCAGAAAAGGUUAUGGUUAUCAUAUGAAACCUCAACCGAAAGAGGUCAACAUGAAGGAAAUUUGCUUAAGACCCCCUGACCUGAUUCAGUAUAAAAAGGAGGAUCUCCACAUUGAUUAUAAAAAUAACAUCUUGAAGGAGCGCGCAGCCAUGGACAGGCCCUUCACACCAAAGAACAUUGACUUAGACCUCGAGCUACGCAAGGAGUACUGUAAAUAGGACUGAAUUCUUGCUGCUGGCUGGCCCAGAAGCUGUAACUUCUACUAAGGAAAGAACCUCAGGGGUUCCGCUGUGUUUUUAUUCAAGAUGCGUCUCGCGUUCGACUUUGUGUCCUUUCCAUGCUGAUCUUUUCGCUCUCGGCAGCAGAUAUAUUUUCUGAAAA